AUGUCUACAGUACAAACAGAACAUGAGCAACAACAAGAACCACUUGAUUUAGUCAGAUAUCAAUUAGAUGAAUAUAUUAUAGUAAAAUUAAGAGGAGCACGAGAGUUAAAAGGUAAAUUACAAGGUUAUGAUAGUCACUGUAAUAUGGUAUUAAGUGAUGCUAUAGAAACUAUAUUUUCUGAAACAACUGAUGAUGAACCAAUAACGAAAAAAACUGAUAUGGUAUUUGUGAGAGGUGAUUCAGUAAUAUUAAUAAGUCCUGUUAUAUAA